GUCAAUUGGACCCAGGUGAGCUCGGCCUGACUACGAUCCUUUCUCGCACCGAGCAAGUGAGGGACGCAAACACCGCUUUGCGACUCGCGCAGGCCAUACGCUGCGGCACAUCAAAGAUGUCUGCAUCGUCGGCCGUCAAGUGGCUCAAUUGUCGCCUGCUAUGUGCGGCCCAAGGACCGACCCGAGUAGCUCGCGACGGCCCGAGUGUCUUCAACCCCUGGUGCCGGCAGGCCGCGCGAUCCUUUACACGGACAUGCACACGUCCAGCGAGCGCUGCGCAGGAAGCCCUAAAGAAAGCUCAGGAUGAUGCCGCCAGCCUAACGCCCGAGUAUGUAGCCGCGAACAUGGCUCCAGAGGAGGCGCAGCGACUCUCGCGAGUGCGCAAUAUUGGCAUCGCAGCUCAUAUCGACAGCGGCAAAACUACAGCCACCGAGCGAGUCCUUUUCUACACUGGUCGCAUCAAGGCCAUACACGAAGUAAGAGGCAAGGAUGCCGUGGGCGCCAAGAUGGACUCGAUGGAACUAGAGCGAGAAAAGGGAAUCACCAUACAGUCCGCCGCGACAUUUUGCGACUGGAAAAAGGUGGAAAACGAUAAAGAGGAGACAUAUCACUUCAAUCUGAUCGACACCCCCGGUCACAUCGACUUUACCAUUGAGGUGGAGCGCGCCCUGCGUGUGUUGGAUGGUGCUGUCAUGAUUCUCUGUGCUGUGAGCGGAGUGCAGUCACAGACGACCACUGUCGACCGCCAGAUGAAACGCUACAAUGUUCCGCGCAUCUCCUUCAUCAACAAGAUGGAUCGAAUGGGCGCCAACCCCUGGAAAGCCGUGGAACAGAUCAACUCGAAGCUCAAGAUGCCCGCCGCAGCCAUUCAGAUUCCUAUUGGGGCUGAAGAUGAGUUUGAAGGCGUCGUUGACCUCAUCGAGAUGAGGGCGCUAUACUUCGAAGGGCCUCGUGGUACGAAGGUCAGGGUCGCCGAUCAGAUACCCGGCCCGUUUCUAGAAAUUGCCAAGGAGAAACGGCAAGUUCUCAUUGAGAAGCUUGCAGAUGUGGAUGACGACAUUGCCGAACUAUUCUUGGAGGAACAGGAACCCACGAAUGCUCAGAUCAAGGCUGCAAUUCGCAGGGCUACCAUUGCCCGGUCCUUCACUCCUGUCCUCAUGGGUUCAGCGCUGGCGGACAAGGCGGUCCAACCAAUGCUCGAUGCCGUCUGCGACUACCUCCCGGAUCCUGCGCAGGUCGACAAUACUGCUCUCGACAAGUCCCGGGGUGAGCGGGAGGUAAAACUCGUGCCGUACAACUCGCUGCCUUUCGUGGGACUGGCCUUUAAGUUGGAAGAGAACAACUAUGGCCAGCUUACAUACAUACGUGUCUACCAGGGAACACUCACAAAGGGCACAUAUCUGUACAAUUCUCGGACGGACAAAAAGGUGCGGAUCCCGCGCAUUGUGCGCAUGCAUUCCAACGAAAUGGAGGACGUGUCCGAAGUUGGCGCUGGCGAAAUUUGCGCCGUCUUUGGUGUGGACUGUGCGUCGGGCGACACCUUCACCGACGGUGGCCUUCCAUACACGAUGUCUUCCAUGUUCGUUCCCGAUGCUGUCAUGUCGCUGUCGAUCAAACCAAAGCGGACUGCGGAUGCCGAUAGCUUCAGCAAGGCCAUGAAUCGAUUUCAGCGUGAGGACCCGACGUUCAGGGUGCAUGUUGACCCUGAGAGCGAAGAAACUAUUAUCUCUGGCAUGGGUGAACUGCAUCUCGAGGUUUACGUUGAGCGGCUGCGACGAGAAUACAAGACUGAGUGCAUCACGGGCCAGCCUCGCGUGGCUUAUCGAGAGACGAUUUCACGUCGCGCCGACUACGAUUAUCUCCUGAAGAGACAAAGUGGCGGACCUGGCGACUUCGCACGCGUGGCAGGAUACAUUGAGCCCUUUGACAGGCCUGAUGAGAAUCACUACGAAAGUCAAGUUGUGGGUGGGCAUAUUCCUGACAAGUUUCUGACAGCAUGUGCGAAAGGCUUUGACCUCGCAUGCGAGAAGGGCCCCCUGCUUGGCCACCGUGUCAUUGGGGCCAAGAUGAUUGUCAACGACGGAGCUACUCAUGUCACGGACUCAUCCGACUAUGCUUUCAACCUGGCUACGCAGAUGGCCUUCCGCAAGGCUUUUACCGACGCUGGAGGCCAAGUGUUGGAACCCCUCAUGAAGACGACGAUCACGGCGCCCAACGAGUUUCAGGGCAACAUCCUCAUGCUCAUGAACAAGCGAAAUGCCACGAUUCAUGACACGGAGAUUGGUAGCGAGGAAUUCACGCUCAUUUGCGACUGCAGCCUCAAUGCCAUGUUUGGCUUCAGCUCUCAACUUCGCGCAGCUACGCAAGGAAAGGGCGAGUUUAGCAUGGAAUUUAGCCACUACGCUCCAGCUCCCCCUCAUCUACAGAAAGAGCUUGUUGCCAAGUACCAGGCGGAAUUGGAGGCAAAGAGGACCAAAUAGUGUAUCGCGUCGGCGAAUUAUCCUGGGGGCUGAUUGUAAAACGACUCUCCACUUUGUACGAUGGGAAUCGACAACGAUGUAGGUAUUUAAAACUGUAUUAGUACUGGCGAGAGGCGGCACCUAAGCUGUGAAAGACUCUCGAUGGCAGAUACGGCGGAUUUUGACCAUGGCGUGGAUGGGCGCCGAUAUAGACACUGCGACGGGGAAAAGGUUAAAUGGUAGUUACACGAAAGGUAACAUUGACGUAGGGGCAAGUGCCGCCCAACCUCAUUGUGAUGCAAAUCUCACGCGCCAAGACACUGCAUCAAGGCGG